AUGGUGAAAACCUACCUCAUUUACUCCCUUUUUGCAGGGCUCCCGGCCCAUGUCGCUGGAGCCAACGUAAAGCUAUCCCAACCCGACUGUAGUCGAGACCCGCUCGGCAGCACCUCUGUCUGCGAUACCUCUCUGAGCCCGGACCAGCGCGUUGCAAAGUUCAUCAGCCGGUUCACCCUUCAGCAAAAGGUCGACAAUCUGUUCUACCGAGCUCCAGGUGUUUCGAAUCUAGGCCUUCCUGCGCACAGGUGGGGUUGCGAAGCCCUUCACGGCGUGGCUGGUGGUGAAGUUUUCUUCGAAGGUCGCAAUGCAAACUUUUCCUCGGCAACUAGUUUUCCCAUGCCAAUUCUCACGGGAGCAGCCUUCGAUGAUGAUCUCGUCCACCGCGUUGCGAGCGUUAUUGGCAAGGAGGGCCGAGCUUUUGCCAAUAGCGGACAUUCUGGCUUCGACUUCUGGGCCCCUAACAUCAACCCAUUUAGAGAUCCAAGAUGGGGAAGAGGCAUGGAGACACCCGGAGAAGAUGCUUUCCGCGUUCAGAACUACGCAUACAGCCUUAUUACCGGUCUUCAGGGAGGUGUCAACCCCAAGGAGAUGCAGGCUCUUGCCGCCUGUAAGCAUUAUGGUGUUUACGACGUUGAAGGUGGUCGAUUCGGAAAUAACAUAAACCCCACGCCACAAGAUCUCUCCGACUAUUACAUGCCUCCUUUUAAGACUUGCGCCCGAGACGCUAGGGCUAGCGGGGUUAUGUGUUCAUACAGCAGCGUUAACGGUGUCCCAUCUUGCGCCAGCCAGUACUUACUUCAGACAUUGCUCCGAGAACAUUGGGGAUGGUCUGAACCUCACCAGUGGGUCGUCUCAGAUUGUGGCGCCAUCGAAAACGUCGCCACCAGUCAUGGCUAUGUCAAGGGUGGUGCCAACGCAGCAGGUGUAUCUCUCAAUGCUGGAACGGAUCUUAUGUGCGACGACUUUUAUACAUACCUCAAAAGCGCUGUCGACGAUGGCGUUACUACCGAGCGGACGAUUGACAAGUCACUUGCGCGGCUCUAUCACUCUUUGCUGCGGGUCGGGUACUUUAACAAACAGUCGCAGUACGCGAGGCUUGGCUGGUCAGAUGUCAAUACUGCUGAAGCUCAGUCACUUGCCCAUGAAGCUGCAUGGAAGGGCAUGACAUUGCUCAAAAACGACGGCACCUUACCCUUGCCAAAGAAAGUUGCUAAUGUCGCCGUCAUUGGCCCGUGGGCUGAUGCUACUAAAGCUAUGCAAUCGAUUUAUGCCGGCCCUGCUCCCUACUUGGUUAGCCCUCUAAUGGGUAUGCAGAAAGAAUGGAAGAACGUUCGGUUCGCUCAUGGCGCCGAUAUGUACAGCAGCAACACUGGCGGAUUUGAUGAGGCGAUUAAGCUUGCUAAGUCGUCCGACUACAUCAUAUACUGUGGUGGUUUUGAUUCAAAAGUUGAGAUUGAGGACCGCGAUAGGGGUGAUCUUAACUGGCCCGGCGUGCAGCUGGAUCUCAUAUCUCGACUGUCUGCCCUUGGCAAGCCAUUGAUCGUUGUCCAGUUCGGCGGUGGCCAACUCGACGAUUCUACUCUCUUGUCCAAUCCCAAGGUCAAUGCAAUUGUCUGGGCCGGCUACCCCGGACAGGAGGGUGGCAAUGCGCUUCGAGAUGUGCUGGAUGGAACGAAGUCUAUUGCGGGCAGACUCCCCGUCACGCAGUACCCCAACGACUACGUGAAGCAACGUAACAAGCUCGAUCCUGUGCUGCGGCCACAUAAAGAAACUCCCGGGAUAACGUACAAAUGGUUUGACAAGCCGGUCUUGCCGUUUGGAUACGGGAAGCAUUACACCUCAUUCGGAUUUUCCUGGAAGUCUCGUCCAAAGGCCACUUACACUAUCUCUAAUCUCAUAAAAGCUCCGUCUGGUCUAGCCCUUGAGAAGGCUCCUUUUGCGACCGUGUCCAUUGACGUGACGAAUACUGGCAAAGUCAUGUCCGAUUAUGUUGGCAUGCUAUUCCUGUCUACCCAAAACGCCGGCCCAAAGCCAUACCCAUUGAAGAGUCUUGUGGCAUAUGGCCGCCUACACGAUAUUAACGCCGGCCAGGCCAAGGCCCUUACCCUGACUAUCCCGCUAGGACAACUUGCGCGCGCAGACGAGAAUGGCAACAUGGUUAUCUACCCUGGUGACUACGAGCUUCGUCUGGAUCUGCCGGAGCUACAAAGUGGUGUUAACAACUUUGCUCCACUAAGAUUUCGCCUCACUGGCGGGCCAGCGACGAUCGAGACGGUGCCCAGACCGCCUUCAAACCCAGUUGCGUUAUCCUACCAGGGUUGUUACCAAGAUAACAUUCAGUCCCGGCUACUCUCCCACAAGCUCCCUGACCUACGCUCCACGAACACGCCGCAGGNCAGGAAUGCGCCAACCGAUGUUAUGAAGCCAGUUACGCUUUCGCCGGCGUCGAAUAUGGAAGGUAAGUCCGCUGUGCUUCUCCAAGUGCUGCCAGGCAACAGGCUAACGCUGAUGUGCGUCAUUAGACAAUGUUUUUGCGGAGAUUUUACAACUGGACACGUAGCUGUAGAAGAAUCUAGGUGCAACUCCAAGUGUCCUGGGAAUAAUGAAGAAUUUUGCGGCGGAGUUAAGUUGUAG